AUGCGCUACGAAAGUCAAAUCUACGUCCGUUCAAUCCCGGCGGCUCCAGCGUGCACAAACUUGGAAAAUCGAAUUUUUACAGAGGAAGUUUUGGAAAUUAUUCCAAUUGUACUACGACAACAGGGAACGCCAAUUUCAGAUAAUCAUGAAUUGCUUCAAAAACUUCGAGGUUUCUGGAAAAUCGGUGUGGACCAUUUGUAUAAUUCAAUAACUCUCACAGAGUUUGAACAAGUUUUGGACUUGUUUGGAAUUAACAAACAGCUGAUUACGAUAGUCGAAGAUCCGGGCCACGAUUCAGGCCGGACUGAAAUGCGAGAACACGGUGGCUACAAUAAAAUUUUAAGCCCCGAUUGUACAGUAAUCCUUGACCCCUAUCAGGCAGUUUUAUACGUUUUUCAAGCACUGGUCCCAGGUGUCAAUUGGAAGACUGAGAAGUGUCCGUUACAUGAAAAUUGUCUGAAAAUGCUGAAAAUCCAGAUUUUGGAAGUUUUGAAAGAAAUGACCGAAGUUAGAGAGAAUCACUUCAUUUCGCUGCGUUAUAUCAUGAACAAAACGGUGACAAUCAGAAAAAUGUGCGAAUUCUACUACAGUACCACUCGUGGGACUACUGACAUCUUUCUCGUCAGUUUCAGCGGCGACGACACAAUUUCAGAGGGCAAAUAUCGCAAAACUUGGGAAUUUUUUGAAAUUUCUGAAUUUCGAAAUUUCUUUCUGGAUCUGGAAAAAUCGAUGAGCAGCUUGCCAGUUUGGAUGGCAAGAGUUUUUAUUCAGAUCGGAUUUGCUGAGCAAUUUUUUAAAGAAGAGCAAUCUGAAAAUUGUCUAAGAAUCCAACAAAUAUUGGCGAACUGCCUACUUUUUCUGGUGCCCAAAGACAGGACUACGGUAACUGAGCAAUUUUUGAAUUCAAUUCUCAAUGGGGAACCUCAAUUCUCAUUGAAUUUAACGGAUUUGAAGCCAAAAAAUGAGCCAGAAGAGCAAAAAGAAUUGAUUAAAAUUCAAACUACAGUAAUCCUUCUGUUUAAAGGCACAUACCGUAUGCAUGAAAACGGUCACAUUCGACAUCAGCUUCUUAGUAAAAUGUGCUCUUUGCUCAUGUGA